AUGGCAGGCCAAAUUGAACCUGUCCAUUUCUUCGACAUCAAAAGCGCUCUCGAAGGUCCCCGACAAUCCUGGUCCCCCAACACCCUCAAAACACGCGCCGUCCUCAACAUAAAAGGCAUCCCCUAUACUCAAUCAUGGAUCUCGUACCCCGACAUCGCGCCUUUGAGUGAAGGCCUAGGAAUCCCCGCCGAACCCGAUGACUCAAGCUCCACAGCAAUCCUCUACACUCUCCCCGCAAUCAUCCACAAACCAUCCAUCACAUCAAACCCAAACGGCGCUCUGCAUGACUCCCUUCCCAUUGCUCUUCAUCUCGACAAGGCAUUUCCCUCCCCGCAAUAUCCAUCAGUCUUUCCCCAUGGCCAAACCAGCAUUGCGCUCGCACUCGCCACAGAGAACUUAUUCUACAACGUGGUCAGCAAAUGCUCAACCCUCCUCUUCCCCGGUGUGGUAGAUAUUCUCGACGAUCGCGGCGCAUCGUACUUUGAGCGAACCCGCGUCCCACGCUUCCAACGCCGCUAUCCAGCCCUCAAUCUCACAAAAAUGGCUGACCUCAAACCCAAAACCCAAACCGAAAUCGACAAGAUAGUCGAAGACACGAAGAAGGCGCUCUUGGUCUUUGAUGAAUUGCUAGCUGGUGGUGGGGAGAAUAAGGGCCCCUUUCUGGAAGGUGAAAAGCCUGGUUAUGCGGAUGUGAUGCUCGCGGCGCAUAUGGCUUGGAUUGAGAGACCGUUGCCUGAGUUUUUUGCGAGGAUCUUGGAGGCUGGGAAUGGGUCAAUUAAGAGGCAUUGGGAGGCCUCGCAGGGGUUUGUGAAUGGGCAGGGCGAGACUAAGGAGUGGGCCGUUGCAAAGAUAUAA